AUGUCGGACGUAGCACAUAAGCAAGAGGAGCUCCAGAGGUUGCGCAAGGCGCUGACCGAAGCACACGACAGCGGUAAGAAGACGGCCAUUCAAGAGGUACUGACUCAGCUGUACAGUAUCCGCGUCGAUGAGAAGCUGCUGAGGGCUGUCGGCAAGCUGAGAAACAACGAGGACGCGGAGAUUGCGACCCAGGCCAAGAGACUGGUGCACAAAUGGAAGAAGGACGUUAUGGCAGCAAAUGCAAAGGGCGGCUCUAACUCGGCCAAUGGCUCAACCAAUGGCUCGGCCAAUGGCUCAGCAAAUGGCACAGCAGCGAACAGCGGGGCCAGUGCGGAGCAGCCUCCGCCCGCAAUGCGGCGGGCAUCGAGCACGGCCGGUGCGCGCACAGUUGCGAGCGAUGGCAUCACUAUCCCUGCGCCUGAAAUGCUGUAUAAUGCCAUGGCGGUCGACAGUAAUGCCGACGGAGAGUUGAUUGCUAAGCGUGCAGCGGCCAUUGAGCGGAUAGAGUAUGCAAAGGAGAGCGGCGCGACACCCAACUACAAGGCGCGCAUCAGGUCGCUGGUCCUGAACCUGAAGGAUAAGAAGAAUCCAGCCCUGCGCAUGCGUGUGGUCGACGGUAACAUUUACGCCCGAGCGGCUGUGCUCGAUGUCCAAGGAGGAGAUGGCGUCAGACGAUCUGAAGGAGCAGAUGGAGAAAUCAAGGAGGAAAACCUAUUCAAGGCACAGGGUGCAGGCCAGACCGAGGCAGAGACUGACCAGUUCCGGUGUGGUCGCUGCAAGAGCCGCAAAUGCACAUACUACCAGAUGCAGACGCGGAGUGCGGAUGAGCCGAUGACCACGUUCGUUACGUGCACCAACUGUAACAACCGGUGGAAGUUCUGCUGA